UAGGUGUGUAUAUACACACAAAAAAACCAUACAUUUGCACGCAGUUCAUUAAUAUAGUCGUUUGUUUUUAUUGAAUCGAUAUAAUGUCAAGUCGCUGACGAUACCAAUCUCGCUCAAAAUUGAGAUCGUGACUUUCACACAAGUCUGCAAAUGUUCUGUACAUCUGUUCGAUAUUAAAUUUCAAAGAUGAUUGUAAUUUGCGUAAACAAACUGGACAAACAAAAAGUGUUUGUUGAUCUAUUUCCAUUUCAUUAUUUGCAUCAUUCAUAAGGCAUAGAUGAUAAAUACAAUGUUUUAGACCGAAAAUAUGACAGAUAAUCAUGAAGAAGAAUUUUGAUACAGCGUCGAAGAAUUAUGAUACGAUCCACAUCAGUGAGUUCACUAUUCAUUGAUUCGUAUGGUGGCAUAGGAAAUAAAGGACCAAGACGAGAAAACGAAUAGACACCAGUACUAUCCGUGGCACGGGCUCGUACAUAGACAAAAUUGUAUGUUUCAUCGGGAUAAGUGUCUGCCAUGGUCACUGCAACACAUAAUAUUUCUUUUUCUGCGUUACGUUGAUUACGUGUAUGAACAAGAUAAUCAAGCAGACCGUUUGUCUGAUAUUAAAUCUGUUUCGUUUUACUAUUAAUUCGAUUUGUCAUGGAUUCGUUAAAAUCAAACAUCGGCAAAAUUGUGACAUCACAACCAAGAAAGAAUGCUUGAGCAAAUUGACCAAUCAGUUCAAGAGACGGAGCUGUACAUACAUACAUACAUGGGUGUGGGUGUGGGGUGUGGGGUGUGUGAUAGCUGCCAAGACGCGUUUCAUCCCUGCUAAAGAACUCUUCAGUUGGCUUAGUUCUAUAUGAUUAUUUAAAAUAAAUUUGAAAAUCAACAAGACUAUUUAUACUGUUAUAAAAAUAGAAUCAUUUUUUAGAAAAUUCUAUUCUAUAAUGAUAAAAUCAUUUUACAGUGUGUGUGUGUGUGUGUGUGAAGCAUAACCAAAAUAAAAUCGGUUUAUUUAAAUUUUAUUUCAAUUCUAUAAAGUAGAAUCAUUAUCAAGGCUUGACUUCAUCAGGCGGUAUUCUUAAUAUUGUAUCUACUAGAUAGUAAUUAUUAAAUUAUUCGGAUAGAAACAUUCGAAUUACUUUUCAAUACAAUAAUUAAUAUUACAUUUGUACAUUUAAAAUUUUCCAAAUAGACUUAACUUAACUAUAAGGGUGUGUAUUUUUUUAAAGAAAUUAACCGCGAUCUAGAUUUCGACCUGUUUCAAGGGUCAUCAUCAGGUAGUUGAAGCACUGCAUAUAAUAUUAAAUUAAAAGGAAAAAUUUCAAAGGAAAAUUAUUCCUCUCACUUUUAAUAUCAAAGCAAAGCAGAGAAAGCUCAAAGACUAAUAGAGUGAGUAUUAAUUUUACAGAUUCUAACUACUAUCUAGAGGGUGUCGGUGUCGAUGUGGGCAUUUUCUGGAAUUUAAUGGCAUAUAUCAGCAUCCACACCCGCACCCACACCACCCACACCCACACACACACCCACACACACACCCACACCCACACCCUCAGGUAGACCAGUAUCAGUUGUUGACCAAGCUACAAAAUAUGAAAUUUCUUUGGUUUUGGAGGAAGAACCUCAAACAUCGAUUUAUCGAAUGAGUUUACAAUUAAAUAUUCCAAGAUCUUCAGUUCAAAGUAUCUACAAAUCGAUGGACUAUAAGCCGUACAUUCCUAGAUUGGUUCAUGACCUGAAUGAAGAUGAUUUUGAUCGACGAGUUGAAUGCUGCGAAACGUUCUUAACACUACUACAGAACGAACCUGAUCUUAUCUACCAUAUCAUGUGGUCGGAUGAAGCAGUAUUUAGACUCAGCGGACAUAUUAAUUGUCAUAAUUGUGUCUAUUGGGCAACUGAAUAUCCAAAUGUUACAUGGGAGCACACAAUGCAAGCUGAAUAA